AUGACUUCACAUCCUAAAGAUCAGGGACAUUGUGGUUCUUGUUGGGCUUUUGGAGCUGUUGAAUCACUCUCAGAUCGUUUCUGUAUCCAGUUUGGCAUGAAUAUUUCACUCUCUGUCAAUGAUCUCCUUGCAUGCUGUGGGUUUAUGUGUGGGGAUGGCUGUGAUGGCGGCUAUCCUCUUGCAGCAUGGAGAUAUUUUGUACACCACGGCGUUGUGACUGAUGAGUGUGACCCCUACUUUGAUGAUACUGGAUGUUCCCACCCAGGUUGUGAACCUGCGUAUCCCACUCCCAAGUGCAUCCGGAAGUGCGUAAAAGAGAACUUGCUGUGGAGAAACUCAAAGCAUUAUGGCGUCAAAGCCUACCGAAUCAGUUCUGAUCCAAACAGUAUCAUGGCUGAAGUUUAUACUAACGGCCCUGUAGAGGUCGCUUUCACUGUCUAUGAGGACUUUGCACAUUAUAAGUCUGGAGUAUACAAGCACACAACAGGCGACGUCAUGGGCGGUCAUGCUGUAAAGCUGAUUGGAUGGGGAACCACCAGCGAAGGGCAGGAUUACUGGUUACUAGCAAACCAAUGGAAUCGAGGUUGGGGUGAUGAUGGAUACUUCAAGAUCAGGCGAGGAACAAAUGAAUGUGGUAUCGAACAAGAUGUCGUUGCAGGAACCCCUUCACCACGAAAUGUGAUUAGACAAAUCAGUGAAGAAUAUCUUGAUGCUUCGAUAUGA